AUGGGCAGCCUCCCCAGCAAGUGCACCGCCAGCGCACCUGACGAGUCUGUUAUCCGUGGUCCGUACGACCUCAAGGACACGACGACGCUCCCGCCUUGCGGUGGGCGCUGGUGGCAGUGGCCUUGCGUCCUCACGCGCUGUGGGACACGCACCGGCAUGUGUAUCUGCUACAAGUGCUGGACCGCGUACCGCGUCCACAGCCUGUGCGACUACCCUCCAGACUCGGAACGGUACGGGUUGUAUAUGCAUUUCUAG